CGACAGUAGUGACGACGCAGCAAUAGCAAUCACAUUCGCAUGAACAAAAACCGAAAAGAAAAUGUCCUCUCGUCUCGUCUCUGAUGUGCUUCUGCGAAUGGACUGGACGUCCUUGCACGAGCAAGAAACGCUGCUCCACCACAAACUAGCAGCCGCGCAGGAGGAGCUGGAGACUUUAUGUUGGCUUUUUGAUGUAUCUGUAAUGACGUCCCAGACAACGCGGCAUGGCCGCAGAGCUGCGGAGCCUUAAGCCUUCUGAUACAUUUAUUUCAGUUAGGCUCCCUAGUACUGUCCACUAAUACCCUUUAGAGUCCCCUAGGACCUUCUCUUGCUCUUGCUCUUUUCCUUCCCAAUCAAAACCUUAGGACUUUAUAGUUAACUCACUCUCACAAAAAAUGACCUCUACGGACGUACGAUGAAGAUGAGUCGGUGCUCAUGCACAAGACACAAAGAAUAAUUUCAUUUUUUUGAAGAAGGAUCGUUUCUUGAAUUCUAAGGCCUACGAGAUUAUUUCAUCUAGACUCAGUGGAGAGUUUUACCCUCCUUGACUGUGGUUCGACUUGUUGACGUAGUGUAUCGUUUUUUUGAGUGAUGUCCUCAGCCUCAGCCGUCCUCAUGAUCUUGUUUGUACAAGCGUGAAAGUGGUCCAUCUAUUUUAUCUUUCUAAGAAGAGCAGAGCGCGAAAAUGAGUCGCUCACCCACGAACAGGCGUAUUUGAACGAAUUAAUCGGGAGGUUGGAGAAAGGUGAC